CACCACUUCUGUGUUUCCAGCUGCCCACCAGGAGUUCCCAGGAGCCCCGGGCUGUGGCGGUGUUAGCUGUGAUGGAAACACCUCCCCAACGCAGCUCCUGACCGUGGCCGGGCCUCGGGAACCACCAGGGCUGUUUGAAAGUUCCCUUUCCCUCCUGACCACCCUCGCUCCACCCCGAGGGAGCCUGUGCACGCAGCCCACUGCCGUGGCUGCUCUUCACGUGGGAGGCGGCGGCAGAGGCUCCACAUGUCCAGGUGUGGGUCCCUAUGAGUCUCAAAUUCACUCAAACUCUGAAUGAAUAACACCUCUCCCUCGGCCCUCUGGGGUUUGGGGACUCAACUUUACAACUCGCUUUUGUCCCUGUCAGCAUUGAGCUGGUCAGGUCCAGCCGCUCCUGGUGACCUGUCUCAUGGCUGGCGCGUCCUGCCAGCUCGCACACCAGCCAGGCCUCGGGCUGCAUCCUGCAUGGAUGUGGUUGGUGUGCACGGUCCCCACUCAAGUCAUUGUCAAGGGGUGGAGGUGGCCUUUCAGAGCCAAGACCAGGGCUUCACUGUGAAUAUGCACAAAGCCACCCUGGAGCCAGGCCUGGGGCUGAGCUGCUGCUGAUGGUCCCUGGCUCCGGAAGCUAAGCCAAGCUUCCGGUUCAGCUAACUUGCCCAUCUUGCCAGAGCUGGAACCUGGGCCAUUGCCACGGUAUUCUGUUGCCCGGUCACAGCACACUGGCCUGAUUGUGUUUGGCCCCCUCUCACCUCCCCCAGUGCCCACCUGGGUGGGAACUCACAGAUGAUCCUCCCAGCAGCCAGAGAGACACUCGAGUGCUCUGCUGCUUUUCAGUUAUUAGAUCCUCAUCAGCUUCCUCACACGGCCGUGCCCUGGGCUGACUUCAGCCCUCACCUCGCCCACCCUGCCUGUGGCUACAGGUCCCCAGGCUCUUUCCCACCUCUGUCCUCCUGCUGCUGCUGUUCCACCUACCUGGCACACUGUUCCCACAAUGCCUGCCCCACGUGCCCUCUCCCCAUCCUUCAAGCCCCAGCCAGCUCAGGCCUGGCUCCUCACCAUCCUUAUGGCUGACCCCUAUUUAUUUCUCUGGUUGCCCUCUUCACAGAGUUUUAUUUGUGUUAAUUCUCUACUAUUACCCCUCCUCCCAACCCCACUGGAAUGUGAGCUUCGUGUGGGCAGUCACCUUGGCCUUGCCCUUCCUGGUAUCCCUAGCACCCAGCACAGCACCUGCAUACAGCCAGCUCCCCGUAGGCCUUGUGGGAGGAUGCACCCUCUGCAAUGCUCUGCCCCACGUGAACCACAGAUCGCCAGGCAACUCCCGAAUCCCUGAUCUCGGCUUGCUUUUCUAGCUAGAAUUGGGUCGAGCUCUCAGGGCCAGAGUUGGUGGCAGCCUGUUUGGGGGAUGGUCUGUCUCUGGGAACUUGGCUGUGUUGACUUUGAAAGGCCCAGGAACUGGUGUGCCCCUGAUCAAGACUCAAAGAGUCCUCUGUCUCCAUCUUGGCGCAGAGACGGUUGGGCCAUCCCCAGACACUUAGGUUACUCUUUGGGGACAGGCUUUUGUUCCCAGCCCCCCCCAAAAGGAAAUUGAGACAGGCAACCAGUUCCUGGGGCUGCUCUGCCUAUCACCAAUUCAAACUGUGGUUUUCUUUCCCUGGACAUCCUGGAUAGGUGGAAACUGGGGAGGUAAUCUAAGGCUCUCUGUCGGUGAGAGCAACCCUCCGUGGCUGGCCAUUCCCUCGUGGCUUUAUAUUAUGAUGUGGUUAAGCUUCUCUCUGAGCUUGCAGUUCUCUGAAUUCGUGAGAAAAUCUGGACUUCUCUGAAAACUGCAGAGACAGGGAAAUUGUGUUCAUGUGUUUGUUUUCAUUAUCUGGAAUUGUGUAUUUUCUAAAUGAGGAUCCGGGGCCAGUUGGAAAUAUCUCCUGGUCGUUGAUUUCACCCGCCAGUCUGAAAAGCCAGAGUCCUUUCAACAAGUUUUUCAGUGAGAGAUUAAUUUUUCAUUUUCAGACUUGUAUUUUCUUCUGCAUAAUUAGCUAAAUUUGUUCAUGGUUCAAUCAGGAAAUUUGGGGGCAAAAGAGAGAUUUCUGCUUCUGGGACCCUUUGGCUAGGAAAACGGGCAGGACCUUUGUACUUCAGAAAGGGUCUCAUUUUGAGCCCACAUGGGCACCGUGGGGCUGGGUUUUGUUUGGGUUUUUUUCCUUUAUCAGUGCACAUGGUCACCACAAAGCCUGCCUGGGCACGGAGUUACAGAACUGACGUCUUCCUUGCAAGACUGUGAAAGCAUAGGAAACGGUACCUUCCCAGAGCCUGGUUCUCAUUCCUCCCCGAGGCGUCCAGAUUUCUUUCGGGACACCUAACUUCAUGAAUCAGCACAGCUGGGUGGCAAGCAGGAACACAGCUUAAAGACAAACAUUUUUCUUGUAAAAAUCUGUUUGGAAGAUCCCAGAUGGAUGGGGAUUCGUUUUAUAAAAGAUGUUUCCCUCAGGAUUAUGUGACUGGAAAUCUGAUUCAAAGCAUUCCUGAGUCCCUUUGCUUUGUCUGAAGGAGUGGUUAGGACAGGCAAGCCUUCUGCCAAGCGGGGAGCACGCACUUAACUCACAAACCAGCAAUUUCAUUCAGGAGGACCAGAGAGCGUUCAGCUCCCACUUCCUGCAGCAGCAUGUUAUUGCAGAAACAGAGGGCUUUGGGGUUGUUUUUCAUGUUUGCUUUCUGAGACCACCCUCCAUGAAUUGCUUUAUUUCUCCUUUAAAAAAAAAAAAAAACAUGCCUUUGGGAUUUGCCAAAGGCAAAUCACAGAAGAUUGUGAAUGCUCUUUGAGGAAGCUUGGUUCAGAGGUCACCCAGCCCAGAGGCCCCUUGUUUGGGAUGGAGUUCAGGCUGCCCCGCCCGCCGCCUCAUCUCCAUCUCUGUGCCGUGAUGCAGACCUUGACUCCAGUUCUUCUCAACUGUUCUGCUCUAACCAAGCCCUGGUUCUUCAAGGGCACAUUCCAGUCCUUUUUAGUUAGUUUGUUGGUUCCGGUUCCUGUUCUCCUUGUGCUGUGCCUCCUGGCCCCUCCUUCUCGCCUGGCUGUUCCCUUCAGACCGUCUCCUUCUUCCAUUUCUUCUAACUAGGUUUUAAAUGAUCAGCCACUCCUGGGGUGGACCUCUUAGCAUCCCAGAGGAUGCUAAGAAGAUGCAGUUGCUCUUUGAAAAGUAUCCUCCUCCAGCUUUCCCAAUCACAGAACAGGUACCUUUGGAUCAUACAGGAGAAAGGAACACCCGUGACACACUGAGCCCCACCCUCUUCCUCUGGGACCUCCACAUGUGUGAAGUGGUGGCCUCUGGCCGGCUGCCCCUGCAGGGAGAGACUUCCUGUUCUUUAGUGUCCUCAUUUAGUGACCUUGACCUGUGCUGAUCCUAUAAUCAAGGAUUCAGCAGGAAGGUGUAACUCCUUUUUAGGAUUUCCCAAGUGGAAACAGAAAAUACUCACUCAUGUGGAGAAGGUUUUACAAAAAUGGCUAGGGGCGGGGUCUACCUGUACUGGACUGGAGGAGGUGGGCCCGGUAGGUUUGGUCGGGGUCCACUCUCAGCUUUAAGUGGUUAGAUGGGAGACAUUGGCAGUGUUCUGGAAGCCUCGGGGAGGAGGUACAGGAAAUUAAAUUCAUGUUUACUUUUGGCAGCAUAAAAGAGAGACCCUCAAGAUGACCAAGUACGUAGAGCUGGUUAUCGUAGCAGACAACAGAGAGUUUCAGAGGCAAGGAAAAGAUCUGGAAAAAGUUAAGCAGCGAUUAAUUGAGAUCGCUAAUCACGUUGACAAGUUUUACAGACCACUGAACAUUCGCAUAGUGUUGGUGGGCGUGGAAGUAUGGAAUGACAUCGACAAGUGCACCAUCAGUCAGGACCCGUUUACCAGCCUCCACGAGUUUUUGGACUGGAGGAAAAUGAAGCUUCUACCUCGAAAAUCCCAUGACAAUGCGCAGCUCAUCAGUGGGGUCUAUUUCCAAGGCACCACCAUCGGCAUGGCGCCCAUCAUGAGCAUGUGCACUGCGGAGCAGUCUGGAGGCGUGGUCAUGGACCAUUCAGACAGCCCCCUGGGUGCGGCCGUGACCCUGGCACACGAGCUGGGCCACAAUUUCGGGAUGAACCACGACACACUGGAGAGAGGCUGUAGCUGCAAAAUGGCUGCUGACAAAGGAGGCUGCAUCAUGAACCCUUCCACCGGGUUCCCCUUCCCCAUGGUGUUCAGCAGCUGCAGCCGGAAGGACCUGGAGGCCAGCCUGGAGAAGGGCAUGGGGAUGUGCCUCUUCAACCUGCCGGAGGUCAAGCAGGCUUUUGGGGGGCAGAAGUGUGGGAACGGAUACGUGGAGGAAGGCGAGGAGUGUGACUGCGGGGAGCCCGAGGAAUGUACAAAUCGCUGCUGCAACGCCACCACCUGCACCCUGAAGCCAGACGCUGUGUGCGCACACGGGCUCUGCUGCGAGGACUGUCAGCUGAAGCCUGCGGGGACCGCGUGCCGAGGCUCCGGCAACUCCUGUGACCUCCCGGAGUUCUGCACGGGAGCCAGUCCUCACUGCCCAGCCAACGUGUACCUGCACGACGGACACCCGUGUCAGGGGGUGGAUGGCUACUGCUACAAUGGCAUCUGCCAGACCCACGAGCAGCAGUGUGUCACACUCUGGGGACCAGGUGCUAAACCCGCCCCCGGGAUCUGCUUUGAGAGGGUCAACUCUGCAGGUGAUCCCUACGGCAACUGUGGCAAGGACUCCAAGAGCUCCUUCGCCAAAUGUGACGUGAGAGAUGCUAAAUGUGGAAAAAUCCAGUGUCAAGGAGGUGCCAGCCGACCAGUCAUUGGUACCAAUGCUGUUUCCAUAGAAACAAAUAUCCCACUGCAGGAAGGAGGCCGGAUUCUGUGCCGGGGGACCCACGUGUACUUGGGUGACGACAUGCCAGACCCAGGGCUUGUGCUUGCGGGGACAAAGUGUGCAGAUGGAAAAAUCUGCCUCAACCGGCGGUGUCAGAACACCAGCGUCUUCGGUGUUCAGGACUGUGCCAUGCGGUGCCACGGCCGGGGGGUGUGCAACAACAGGAAGAACUGCCACUGCGAGGCCCACUGGGCGCCUCCGUUCUGCGACAAGUUCGGCUUUGGAGGAAGCACUGACAGCGGCCCCAUCCGGCAAGCAGAUAACCGAGGCGUGACCAUAGGGACCCUGGUGACCGUGCUGUGUCUUCUCGCUGCUGGGUUUGGGGUUUACCUCAAAAGGAGGACCUUGAUACGGCUGCUGUUUACCAACAAGAAAACCACCUUCGAGAAGCUGAGGUGUGUGCGACCCUCCCGGCCACCCAGCCGCUCCCAGCCCGUGCAGGCUCAUCGCGCCCACCUUGGGAAAGGCCCGUCCAGCAGGCCACCGCACUCCAACAUACCAAAGGACAGGAGAUGGCCACAGGGGCAGAAUGUGGACAUCAGCAGGCCCCUCGACGCCCUGGCUGUCCCUCAGCCACAGUCACCGCGGCGAGUGCUCCCGCCCCUCCAGCAGGCCCCGCGGGCGCCCAGCGGCCCCGCCAGGCCCCUGCCCGCCGACCCGGUGCCCAGGCAGACCCAGGGCAUUCGGAAGCCCAACCCUCCUCAGAAGCCCCUGCCUGCUGAUCCUCUGAGCAGGACAACGCGGCUCACCAAUGCCUCCAGAAACCCAGGACAGCAGGAGCCAGGGCUCCGCCCUGCACCGACCAGACCCGCUCCUAAGUACCCACACCACGUGCCCAGACCCACCCACAGCGCCUAUCCUCAGUGAGGAGCAAGCUGACACCUUCGUUCAACAGUGAAGACAGAAGUUUGCACUAUCUUUCAACUCCAUGUGGAGAGACUUUUUGUACCAACUUUUAGAUUUUUUUUUAAUAUGUUAAAACACCAUUAUUUCAAGAAUUUGAGCUACUGCCGUCGGUGCUGUGCUAUGGUGCUCUGUGUAUUCGCUCAGGUACUUGUAAGUUAUUAAUUUAUGCAGAAUGUGUAUUGCAGUGCAGUGCACUGUACUAGGCAUUGUUCCCAUCACGGAGUCUUCCAUGGAAGGAAGGCUUCUUGUGCUUUUAAUAUUUUAGUGAACUUGAAAGAUCCUCCUUGAUGGGAUUCUGGACCAGAUGUUUACUUUCUGAUCAGGCUUUAUUAGAAAGCAGUUGCUAAUUCCCCACGACUGUGUUAAUGGUACCAGACACAACUCAGGACCCCUGGUAGAACCUCAAGUGAUGUUCUGAAACCCGCAGGCCAGGGCUGCACUUGGCCUUCAGUGAGGCCCUCGGUGCCUACACGCUGACAAGCCCCUAGCAGCUGGACUUUGGAGCAGUGAAUGACCUGGUUUGGGGCCAGGAAGCUUUGGAGAGAACCUGGGUUGCAGACAGGACAGAGCCUGGAACACUAGGCCAGGCAGGAACUUGACCUUGAGCUGAGCUGCCAUGGGCCCCUUUGGAAAACAAACAAGAAAGAAGUCUGCAGGAUUGCUCAAGGUUUUCUUUAUAGAAACAUCAAGAACUUCUUUCUCUGGCUGCUCUUUAUGCAGUUCUGGCAUCAGCACAUUAUUUAGAUUGGGAACGGUGGUGUUUCUACAAGAAAGCCACCGCCCCAGCACUGCAAACCACCCUCUCCCUGUGCUGUUUGGAGCUAAGCAAAUUACCACCUUGUCUUCUCGACUGUAAUAUGAUGACCCUGUGUUCAGACAGAUAGAUGAGGCUUUCCAUGGGACCAUAAUUCUUUUCAGAUGUGAACUAGUAACCGGAUCUAGUCAAUCAAUUCUUUAGAUAAAAAUCUCCUUUUACUGCAAGGUUCAACUUAUUAAAAAUUAGGCAGAAACAACUACUAAAUGGAAUGCCUUGCUCAUUGGCACAGAUUGUCCACUACGUAUUAAUAAGGACAGCAAACAAAGAACCACAAGUGACCAUGAAGUUCUCUCUGGGGCACCCUAUUUUCUCAGCUAGGCAGCUGGAAUCUUAAACAUUAGCAUCACAAGGUAUGAUCAGGAAACCAAUUUCCUAACCCCGUAUUUUCACCAAAGGCCAGCUGGGGCAAGCAGCCCCUCCAAACAUUUCACUUUCCCAGUGUCUCAUUUCCUAGGAUGUUUAAGAUGCCUGGAUCUAAUAGCAUGAAAAAUACAAAAAUACUCAGAUAAGGCAAAAUGCCAUUCUGGCCCUCACCGUCUUCUGUGAGAUCAUGAAUGACUAGUUUUCACAUUAGAAGGCAAUUGACAGCAGUUCCGUAAUUCACUGAGUGUUUCAUGAUGAGACUUCUUUUAGGGUCAUUUCAAUGGUUUUCCUAUGCCUUGAAGCAGAAAGAAAAAUACAUACCAGGAAUCUUGGUUUGCCUUCCAGAAAAAGAAACUACAUUUAACUUUGCCAAUGUUCCCCCCAUAUAUCUAGGCAAUGUGGUAUUAUUCAUGACUAUGAAUAAAUAAAUCUAUGUCACAAACACACAAAAGGUAACCCAACUCAAAGACAUUCCAACUCUUGCAACAUGCAUAUGGUUUUAUAAACAGAUGCAAUUAUUUUCUUUAAAAAGUAAAGCCAUGUUAGAUGAUAUUACUGUGGAUGAGAUACAUACAGAAUUAUUGUAACUAACUGAUGUUACAUUUAGUAAUUUGUGUCAAGGCCAAAACACACACUAUUGAAAAGUUUACAGAAUUUCCUGGUGUGGACGUUGUGGCCUUCUCGCCCACGCCUCAGCUCCGGCACUUUCACCCUCCUCCUACUGCACGGAACUGGGAGGCUAGGAACUGCCCUUUCCGUUUUUGUUUUUUCUGAACUGUAAUCACUGUGCUUUUGUUCCAGAGAACCAGGAAGAGUUUGGUAUUAAAGGAGGUUAAAACUGUGAUCAUCUGCCAUGUCAUCAAUGGCCACUUUGUGGUUAUGGCUGAUGACACAAUUUUAUCUCUAAAUACUAAUUGCUUUUAUAGAGCCAUGCAAAUUAUUUCUGAAUAAGAAUAUAUUUAAGCCUAAUAAAGCCUUAUAAUACACAGAUAAUAUUAAAGGAAUACUUUCAAAAUUCAAUAUUUAUCAAAUAAAGCAUAUUUAGCAAUAACUUCCAUUUUAAUGUAACUUAGGAACCAAUAACUAGGGUUGGUUUUUCUUGGUGGGAAGGGGUUUUCUCUCAUUUUUUUAUAAACAAUGGGAACAAAAAUUAGUACUUCUAUUUUAGUGGCAAUAUGACUAUUCUUUAAACUACUUCAUAGGGACAAAUGACACAGUUGUUUUGGGUUUUAUAAAACCAGUACUGAGAAAGUUCAGUGCCCAAACUCAAAAGCAGGCUGGAAGGCCACUGACCUUUCUUCCUGUAUCCAGCCGCAGCUGCAGGUUACAUGGCCCCACUCCACGGAGAGGUGCAUGGCCAACCUUCCAGGCACUCCAUUUAUCUGCUGAAAUGUUCUCGUUUUCCCAACACAUUGAACCAGAGAAACAAUGCCUAGUGCUGUCCCUUGUCCCAGUGGGACUUCCCCAGCAUACACAUAUAGAUGACACCAGAGAGACCGCAAAGCAACAAAUUAAACUAUAUGGGAAUGAAUAUUCCUGACUAGUCUCCAAGGGGUCAUUAUUAUGCCUUUUUAACUUCAUCCGGAAUUCUCAGGCUAAAACUACAGGCUUUUGUUCUCUAUCAAAUCAGCACAUUCCCUAAAAUUGCUAAGACUCUGAUCUGCACCAGAGAUUAGAGAUCCCCCAUGGUGCUGACCCCCACCGUCAUGCCUGCGCCUCCUCCAGCCACUGCACUGAUGCUUACCAAGCACUCCCAGCCAAGCAGACCCCAAUGAUGGGGAAGGUGUGAUGCUUGGGAAGCUGGGCCAGACUGUCCUCAUGCACCCUGAUCUCUUGCAGACUCUCCUAGUGAGACCCAUUUCAUUCUUAAGCUUUGCUAGAGUCCAGGGCAGACUUACUCUGCAGAACCCUCCUCACUGCUCUCACAAUGGCUCUAGCCACAUGCAAGUGACCCAGAUGAAUGUUCCACCAGCCCUCCCAGAAGCCACUUAGGCUGGAAGUCUCACACACACAGUGACCGACUCUGGGGGACACUGCCGGUAUCAUCUUCUCCAUACCCGUGCUGCCAGUUACUCCCCAUGUGUCAUCAGCAUCCUCUCACCUGGACACAGUAAGCCAGAAGCUCAAAUCUGUUUGCCUUUCCUUGUCACCAGACAAGUGCCUAACUUGGGCCAAACUCAGUGUCAAGGGCCCUGCAAUCCCAGCAGUGAAGUCACUACUUCAGAUCAGCCUGAGUGGCAUCUGUUGCAGUGUAUGGCAGCCCCAUGGGGUCCACCUACUGGACAUCCAACGCCCAACAUUGUCCAGAAUCACAGCUCAGAGCAACCCCCGCCAGCACCCAAGACCCCUGCAGAUCCCUCCUGCAAGCACAUCAAUCACAGUGACCUCCCGCCCCAUGCCUUGUUCUAAUGAGAAGGGGCAGUUGGCCAUAGGAAAUCAAUUUAGCUAUGCAUGCAAAAUGCUCUGAGUCACUCCAAAGUUCCCAUCGACAGGUAUUACUUUUAAACUUGUUUGAAAAUUCCAAUAAGUGAAAUACAAAACACUAAGAUUUGUGAGCCGCAUGCUCAGAACCAUUUCUGUACAGUGAAGAUUAUUUCCACAAGCCAUUUACCCACAUGAGCAUGUGCCUCUUCCCUGCCUCUUGUAGAGGAAGCCCCCCUUUUACUUCUGGAAGCUUCAAAUCCAGUCAUUAUAAACCCGUUUCAUAUGAGAAAAACUAAAAUACUGCAUAGAGCCUGUUAAAAUCCUUGGUAAUGGAGAGUGACAGCCAAAAGAUUGAACAAAGGACUUCUCAAACUGCUUCGGUUUCCCCAGGCUGAAGGCCCUGUAACUCACCCUGAUUUUCCACAUCAUCUUCAAGAAGUUUGUCCUAUGUUCUUUGUAACUCUCAAAGAAAAUUUUUUAGUCAAUUUAGCAUAUUUAAAUUCAAACAAAAGAAUAAAUAUCAUGUGAUCAUUUUAGUUUUCAAGAAAGAAGAAUCCCUUUUUUGUGUUCACAGUCAUAAGCAGGUCCCUUCAUAGGGCAGCCACAGGAAAAACAAGUUAGAAAGACAACGACCCCUAAGGUUCCAAGGCAGGACAGGUGGGAGCACAACUAGCGGCUCCUUAGCUCCUUCUAUAGGGUCAAAUUGGCAGGUGGUCAGGAAGCCUGUGUCUGAAGGCGUGUGGCAGCUGAAAGGCCAUUCUUUAACUUGACCACAGGCUGUUUAGCACAGUACAGAUUAGAGUUACAGCUACAUCAACCAGCACAGUCAUUCUGUAGUGCUUCAACCAUUUAUAAUGCUUUGGUUUGCUAAUUUGUUCACAUACCUUUUUAUGUUACAUUCUGUUGUUUUUGUAAACGUUUCUCAUAUUGGGGAUCUAUAGGUAAACACAACUUGCUAUUUCAAUAAAAAGUCAUUGUUAAGAAUAUUAUAUCCAAUAAAUGAUAAACAGGUAAAUAUAAA